AUGGAAGAGUCGAGUGCCCCGUCAUCGAAAAAGGGCGCGAAGAAGGCGGAGGCCAAGGCGAAGAAGGAGGCUUUAAAAGCCCAGCGUGCUGCAGAACUCGCGGCCGCCGCGGCCGCGGCCCUCGCUGCCACCAAUCUUGAGGACGAUCCCGCUAAAGACAACUAUGGGAACAAGCAGACUACUAUAUCGGCUUUCAGUCAGGAUACUGGAGAAGUCGAAAUACGUUCCCUCGACGACACCUACAUUGGCAAGACGGUCAUCGUGCGUGCAUGGCUUCAAAAGUCUCGCAUACAAAGCGCCAAGAUCGGCUUUGUUGAGCUCCGCAAGGGCGGCAACUGGGAUAUUCAGGGAGUCAUUAUGGCGUCUGAGGAGGCGCCUGUUAUCAGUCGUCGUAUGGUUAAAUGGGUGACCAGCAUCAAUCCUGAGAGCUUCGUAGCAGUUGAAGCCAAAGUGAAGCAACCUCUUGAACCUGUUAAGAGCUGCCGAGUCUCGGGACUCGAGCUUCAUAUCACAAAGUGCUUUGUUCUCGCGUCGGCUCCGGCUAUGCUUGGCAUGACCAUGGGGAUAGCAAACCAGCCUAUCGUCAACUUCAGCGACGAGGGUGCCCAAGUGGGAGAUACCGAUAACGGAAAAGCGUCCGAGGCUGCUGCCGAAAAUUCGGCGCCAGCUGCUAGCAUGCUCACUCACCUCGACAACAUUGCCAUGCACAAGCGCGCUCCUGUUCAGCAAGCCAUUGCAGAUAUCCGUAUUGAGGUGAAGAAGCUCUUUCGAUCAUACCUCGAAGCCCGCCGUUUCAAGGAGUUCGAACCACCCUGUCUCAUCGGUGCAGCGUCCGAAGGCGGUGCAAAUGUCUUUCGACUCCCGUAUUUUGGCGAAGAGGCCUUUCUCGCCCAAUCGCCCCAGUUCUACAAACAAUUUGAGAUUGCGGGUGGCAGAGAGCGGGUGUUCUGCAUAGGCCCUGUAUUCAGAGCUGAAAAUUCCAACACACCAAGGCACAUGACCGAGUUUACGGGACUUGAUGUCGAGAUGGAAAUUAAGGAUUCCUAUACCGAAGUUAUUUCCAUACUGGAGGGCGUGCUGUUGUCCAUCUUCCGUGGACUCCAAGAGCGCUGCGCGGUCGAGAUUGACACGGUUCGAUCUGUUUACCACUCAGAACCGCUCCUCCUUCCCGAACUCGGCAAAGAAGUCCGGUUAACCUUUGCCGAAGCACAACAGCUUCUACGUGACGAAGGUCCUCCAGAGUUUGCAAACGUGCGGGACGAUGAAGAUAUGAGCACCCCCCAGGAGAAGGCCCUUGGCGAAGUCGUCCGUACCAAGUACAAGACGGAUUUUUACGUCAUCGACAAGUUCCCCGAGACGGCACGGCCCUUUUAUGCUAAAAUCGACGAUGCUGGUACUCGGGUAGGAGAUGGUGUUCGUGUUACAAAUGCUUUCGAUAUGUUCAUCCGUGGUCAGGAGGUGCUAUCCGGCGGUCAACGAAUUCACGACCCGGCUGAACUUGAGGAGCGUAUCCGCGACAAGGGUGUCAACCCGGAAAGUGCCGGUAUCAAGGAGUACUUAACGACGUUUCGACAGGUCGGCGUGCCACCGCAUGGAGGAGGAGGCUUUGGACUCGAUCGUGUGGUUGCUUGGUUUCUGGCACUACCAAGCGUGCACCUCGCGGCGUAUUAUCCUCGCACGCCUAAGAGACUGCUUCCAUAG